UUAUCUGGGGUCGCCGCGCGUGAGAUAAAACGAUGUCUGCGUUCGUUCUGGUGCCACUUGGUGUCAGUCUCUCCCAAAAUGAAGACCCUGCUCGUUCUGGCUGCCGUACUGGUAUGCGUGCUGGCUGAAGUGCCUUUAUACAACCUCUGUGAUGAGACGUCGAGUAACAUCUGCGAGAUUAAUGAAGUGCGUAUAAAUCCCUGCAAAGACAAGAAAGCCUGCAGGUUCAAGAAAGGAUCCCCCGCCUCAAUAUCUAUUGACUUUACGCCAAAGUUCUCAGCCUCUAAGCUGAAGACUGGUCUCUUCUGGGCGAGCGACGGAGGUGACGUUCCCUUCCUCGAGCUGAAGGAUGCUGACGGCUGCCAGCUAACCAGCUGCCCUGUUGAAGCUGGAAAGAAACAAGAAUUGAACUACAACUUAAGACUGUCCAAGAAAUUGCCCAGUGGUAAAUUCACCUUCAAGUGGAAGCUGUUCAACGAGGAGAAUCCCGAGCAGUUGUGUUGCUUCAAAACUGAUGUCGUUCUGAGGAAAUGAACGAACUGUAUAUAAAUAAAAUAACGAGCAAUAAAUUUUGAUGAUUGA